AUGUUGAUCGGUGAUGGUGCUGGUGUUACUGUUAUUACAGGAAGUAAGAGUGUGCAAGAUGGUACAACUUUCAAUUCGGCAACAGUUGCUGUGACUGGAGGAGGAUUCAUCGCCAAGGACAUAACAUUCCAAAACACCGCCGGUCCAGAGAAACAACAAGCCGUGGCACUCCGCUCCGGCUCCGACCUCUCCGUCUUCUACCGCUGCAGCUUCGAAGGCUACCAAGACACCCUCUAUGUCUACUCCCAACGCCAGUUUUACCGGAACUGCGACAUCUACGGCACCGUCGACUUCAUCUUCGGCGACGCCAUCACGGUCUUACAGUCCUGCAACAUGUACCUCAGAAAACCCUUAACGGGCCAAGAAAACACAGUCACGGCCCAAGGCCGUUCUGACCCCAACGAGAAUACUGGCAUCUCCAUCCAGGACAGUAAUAUCGCUGCCGCGCGCGGAGAACCUGGCUCGACCAGGUCGUACCUGGGUCGGCCAUAUAAGGCCUACUCAAGGACGGUGGUGAUGAAGACAGCAAUCGGAGACGCGAUUGCUCCAGCUGGGUGGCUGGAGUGGGAUGGAAACUUUGCGCUGAGCACGCUGUAUUAUGGGGAGUACAUGAACAGCGGGGCUGGAGCUGGGACUGGGGGUCGUGUUAAGUGGCCUGGGUACCAUGUUAUGAGUUCGUCGGAUGCGAAUAAGUUCACCGUUGAGAAUUUCUUAGGGGGCGGGUCUUGGAUUGCUGCCGCUGGGGUGCCGUACACUGCUGGGCUCUAG